AAACAUGCAUCCUGCCUUCUUCCUGGCUACCUUUUGCCUGGGAAUAGUGUCAGCUGCUCCACAAGUCAAUCAGAGCUUAGAUGAACAAUGGUCCCAGUGGAAGGCAACACACGGGAAAAUAUAUAGCAUGGAUGAAGAAGGACAGAAGAGAGCAGUGUGGGAGAGGAAUAUGCAAAUGAUUGAACAGCAAAAUCGGGAACACAGCCAAGGGAAACACAUAACAAUGGCAAUGAAUGGCUUUGGUGACAUGAUGAGUACCAGUGAAGAAUUCAAGCAGGUGUUGAAUGACCUUAAAAUCCAGAAACACAAAAAGGGGAAAGUGUUCCAAGCCCCUGUCUUUGCUGAGAUCCCUUCAUCUGUGGACUGGAGAGAGAAAGGCUAUGUGACUUCCAUGAAGGAUCAAGGUGACUGUCAUUCUUGUUGGGCUUUUAGUGCAACUGGUGCCCUAGAAGGACUGAUGUUUCAGAAAACUGGCAAACUUGUUUCGCUGAGUGAGCAGAACCUGGCGGACUGCUCUUGGACUCAUAGCAAUAAGGGCUGCCAUGGUGGCCUGAUGGAUAAAGGCUUCCAGUAUGUUAAGGACAAUGGGGGACUGGACUCAGAGGAAUCCUAUCCAUAUCAUGCACGGAACGAAUCCUGCAAAUACAAGCCUGAGAAUUCUGUUGCCAACGUGACUGCCUUCUGGAGUAUCGUAAACAAGGAGGAUGGCUUAAUGACCACAGUGGCAACUGUGGGGCCUGUCUCUGCUGCUGUAGAUGCAAGCCUGAAUUCCUUCCAGUUCUAUAAAAAAGGCAUUUAUUAUGAUCCAAAGUGCAGCAAUAAACGCCUGAAUCACGGUGUUCUGGUGGUUGGCUAUGGCUUUGAAGGAGAAGAAUCGGAUAACAAAAAAUAUUGGAUUGUCAACAACAGCUGGGGUGCAAACUGGGGCAAACACGGCUACAUACUCAUGGCCAAGGACCGGGACAACCACUGUGGAAUCGCCACCAUGGCCAGCUUUCCUAUUGUGUGAGAUGAUGGUAUAAAGAAGACCUUGACUGGCAACAAAUUAUCCACAAAAUGGAUUUUAUUUUCAAGCCUACCACACCCUGCUGUGUGGGGGAAACACUUGAAUCAUUUAAAAACCAAGUUGUGAUUUGAUUGUGUGACAUUUUUCACUGUGAAUGUUACCACUUCACUCAUUACUGCUGUAAAUACUUUUGUAUGAGUGACUAGUGUAGUAACUUUUGAAUUUUCAAGUUUCUUUAAAAAUGUAUGAAAUUUUACUUUUUAAAAGUGAAACAACUGUAGGGGUGCCUGGGUGGCUCCGUUGGAGAG